AUUUUAAAGAGCGGUUUUGUAGCAAUGCGGCCGCGGUUUAGUGCAGUUGUGUUUUCGGUGUUGCGGUAAAUUAAAUAUUGGCGGCGUUGUGGUCGUUGUUUAGCUUUUCGAAAAUAUUAACUAGAACGCAAAUAAAGAAAGCGAUUUUAUUAAACAAAUCAAUAAUCAGCGAAUGUCUGGCAUCCUUCUUUUAUGUGUUCAUCGUUUGUGGGGCGGCAGCUGGCGCCGGUGUAGGUGCCAGCGUUUCAUCAGUUCUCCUCGCAACCGCUUUGGCUUCUGGACUGGCAAUGGCAACAGUAACACAGUGCUUUAGCCACAUAUCGGGCGCUCAUGUAAAUCCGGCUGUGACUUUGGCAGCAUGUAUCAUACGCGCCAUAUCCCCAGUUCGUGCUGCUAUGUACAUAACGGCUCAAUGUGGUGGCGGCAUCGCUGGAGCUGCUUUACUGUAUGGUGUCACCGUACCUGGUUAUCAAGGAAAUCUACAAGCUGCAAUAUCUCACAGCGCUUCAUUGGCUGCCUGGGAAAGAUUUGGUAUGGAAUUUAGCUUGACUUUUGUCGUUGUACUCACUUAUUUUGUUUCAACCGACCCCAUGAAACGCUUCAUUGGCAAUUCGGCCAUCUCAGUGGGAUCUGCGUAUAGUGCAUGCAGUUUUGUUUCUAUGCCAUAUUUAAACCCUGCUCGUUCGUUGGGUCCAUCUUUUGUUUUAAAUAAAUGGGAUAAUCACUGGGUUUACUGGUUCGGUCCGCUUGUCGGCGGUAUUUCAUCAGGUUUGGUUUAUGAGUAUGUCUUCAGUUUGCGUCGAAAUUCACGAGCACAUAAAUCAAAUGUAGAUAGUGACUCAUUCUCUAUUCAUUCCGAGGACGAUAUGAACUAUGAUGUGGAUGUUGAAAAGCCCCACAUGCCUGCUAAAUAUUCACAUGGCACAUACCUCCGCGGUCAAACAAAUACCAAAUCAACAAUCGCAAGCAACGCUGGCACCAUUCCUACUGGUGGUAACUACUGUCAGAACUUAUAUACAGCCCCUCCACUAAAUAAACUCGACCAACCAGAACCAUUAUACGGAGGUACUCGCUCCCUAUAUUGCCGGUCACCUACGCUUACCCGCACCAAUUUAAAUCGCUCACAGUCAGUUUAUGCAAAGAGUAACGCAGCAAUAAAUCGCGAUAUCGUUCCUCGUCCAGGUCCCUUAGUACCGGCUCAAAGCUUGUACGGCAUGCGAGGGACACAAGCGCAAACACAGGCUCAAUCAUCUAAUCUGCAAAAUCAAAACGUACAGAAUCAGUUGCAGCAGCGUUCAGAGAGCAUUUACGGCAUAAGGGGAUCAACGAGACAAUCACAGCAACAACAACAACAUUCGCAACAACAACCUCAUCACCACCAUCAACAGCAGCAACAGCAACAACUUCAUCAACAUCAACCUGCACAGCAACCUACUCAUCAUCGACUGCAGCCCACUAGUCAGGAAGGCCAACAAGGCUUUCAGCCCGUAUACGGAACUCGUCACAAUCCUAAUCCACACGAUGGUAAUCUCAAAUAUGAUCGUCGACCAGAAUCGGCAUACGGCAUGACAAUGCACCGUAAUCGUGGCCAAUCGGCGCAGUCGGAUGACAGCUCCUACGGAUCCUACCACGGAUCAGCAGUCACACCUCCUGCCCGUAACCAAACCGGCGGCGAACCGAUACUUAUGUACGCACCACCACCACCAAUUCCAUCAAAUCAUUCCCAAGUUGGUGCGCCACCCAUGCGCACGCAGUCAGAGCGCAAAGUAACUGCACCAGUUGUGGUGUCACAGCCGCCACAGAUCACAACCGGUAUGGUCACAUACUCGACGAGUUCGAAUCAAUCCCUGCUAUCAGCAACCCCGGCCCAACAGACAUCACAACAGCAGUCACAGCAACAGCAGCAGCAGCAACAAUCGCAACAACAACAACAGAUUUUAGUACAACAACAUCAAACAUCUCACCAGCCAUACUAUGGCAUGUUACCGAUGCGAAGCAAUUGAAGAUGGCGCUGAUGGUGCCCGUGAAUACCGAGUGAUUGUCUGAACGAAAGUUUAUAAACCAAAAAACGCUUUCCGAACAUUAAAAUAAAUCAAAACGUCUGUAUACUUUUAUGUACAUAAAUUGUAAAGAGAAAAUUAGCAAGGCAAAGAAUUAUUUAUGUAUUCGACAUAACGCAUCAUUUCAUGAACUGAUCUAGAUUUGAUUAUAAAGGCAACGAACUGAUGAUAUACAUAUACACAAAAAAGCCAAUACGUACAAACUUGAGCUAUUAAAAUUUGUUUAAGUGGUCUUCCUUCAUGAUACCAAAAUUUUUAUGUUCCACCUCUCGAUACGAAUGUCUUUCGGCUAAAAUUACCAUUUUCAUUGCAGUUUUAUGACAACCCAUGAAACAAACUAUUAAAUACUGGGAUUAACGAAAAGAAAUCGGUCUAAACUCGUAUUGAUACCAACUUCUGGAUGGGUUGACGACUCCCAUUUCGCAUUGAUUCGUCGUAGAGUUAAGAUGGAAGUCGGAAUUAAAUUUUAUUCAUUCUAAAGUUUUUGUUCACUCUAUAAAAUCACACUCGAAAUUGUUUUUGUGUGGUAAGCCGUUUAUUAUGUUUUUAUGUUCACCUUAUAUGCGUAAUUAAGGAAUCCAAGCAAUUAAGCUCAAUUUACCAUACAAAAACUGGAUUAUUUAAUUGUGCAAUUAACACCUAAUUACAUCUAAAUGGAGUCAGAUUUGCCAGGCAUAUUCAGUGAGAAAAGAAAAGUAUGUUCAAAUAGAAAACCAAAUUUCAUGAAAAUAGAGAAUCAAAAGGACAAAAUCAAAAACAAAACGAAAAAUUAAGUGAAGACAGCCCAUGGGAUGUACAUUUUUAUAUACCAACUCCCACAAUGAUCUUCGGCUGCGUAUUGCUCUAAUUUUGCAAUAAGCACUAGCUCCAUUCUCCGUAAACUUUGAACAAACUGCAAAACUGGCUUUUAAAAAACCAGGGCUUGAAUCGUCACAUACGAUAUCGUAGUACUCGUCACGUAAAGACACAUUUUUCAGAUUAUGACAUACGUGAACGUACUCUUUACCCCAUUCUGCUUAUACGACUGACCGUAUCACGUAAUUUUCUUUCGUAUGGUUUUCGAUCCGUGAACGGAUGUUACGAUUCGAGCCCAGUCUACAAUCAAAACUCGCUUGACUGAAAGAGUUCUAAUGUGUACUAUUUAUUAUAUGAUCUAGCGAAAUUCUUUCAAAUAUGAAUUUUUUUAAAUAUUUCGAUACUUACAUACAUACAUGUGAAAAAAGUUUCAAACAAAAACAUGUUCAGUUGUCAAAUGAUAAUUGUGCAAACUGAAUUGGGUGAUUGUGAAAAUUACAGUCAGUAAUUCAAUUUAACACUUAAUUGCCUUAAAUGCAGUGGAAAUCUGAACAUAGUAUUACCCAUGAUACAAAAAAAAAGUACAGUAAAACCCGCUUAAGUACCUCGAUGCGGGCACUUAAGCGAACAUAAUUACUGAUUUAGUUAUGAAUCAAGUUAAAAAUCAAGAUCGUAGUAUUAUUUAAACACAUAAAUAAAAACUAUAUUUUGAAAAAAUAAACGAA